UCUUCUCUCUUACACUCCAGCAGCGAAGUGUGCUGACGACCUCGACUAAUAACAUGACCAACACUGCGGCACUUAUAUCCCUGUACAUUACGUGUUAUACGUGGGGGUUUUGGCGGGUUGAGGUUAGUCGCGACUGCAGGAAGCUAGGUUUGUACUACCUGUUCAUGCACGAGACACAUGUGGCUUGCAGCUUACCUACUUGAAGCUGGAACCGGUUCGAGUCCCCGCAGACAUGCACAGUCACGACCCUCGUCGCCGAGGGAUUCUUAGGUAGAAAUAUACCGCUACGCUCGCCAUGUUCCUUUGAGUAUCGCGCAACACAUUGGCCUUUACUCUUCUUGACAUCAUCUUUACGUGAACAUAGGUAGUCUUGUAGCAUCUUAUUAUGGAGAUGCUCAUCCAACCCCCUGCCCGUGGGGUAGAGCGAGACUCUUUAUCCUCGGUUUCCGCCUUCACUUUAUCCAUGGAUGAGGAAUCCACUCAACGGACCAAUUCCCCGUCCUCAGCCAGCAGCCCAGAUACCCACGCAGACACCUUUACAGAUCCCACCCACGCGGCAUGCCUCCGCUUCGCCCGAGACAAAUACCCCAAAGCCACCAUCGCCGAGAGCAGCAUGCAGGGCCGCUGCUCCUACACGCUCCUCAUCCCAGACGACGCCGGCGGCGGCUCCGGCGGCACGGUCCUCCAGUUCCGCCCGCCGCGCCAUAGUAUCGACCUCUCCAUCACGGCCGCAGCGCGGUCCAUCUUUGGCAGCCUAGUCCCGGAGACGCAGUUCCUAGGUGUCAUCAACUCAGAUGCAAGCCCUGACGUCCCAGGCCCCGAAGGCCCAAACACCCCCGGCUGCAGAACCAUGCUCGUCUACGCCCACACCCUCCUCCCCGGCAAACCCCUCUCCUCCCUUCCCCCUUAUAACAACACCCACCCCUCAUCAGAACCAACCCCCAUCCCAACCCCCCAAACCCCCGCCCACCUCCCCCCCCUCCUAACGUCCCUCGCAACCGCUUACUACACCCCCUCCCACGGCGCCUCCCGCCCCCCCACGUCCCCUUUCUUAUCCCACGCCAAGCGCACCAUCGGCCGCAGCAUGGGCGCGCGUGUCGCACGGCUGAGGGCUGAUCUCCCGCGGCCGUGGCUGAGGGCGGUGGCGGCGCGGGUGGGGGAUGUGCUGGAGCGGGAGAUUGAGGGCGGGUUGCCGUGGGUGUUGACGCAUGGGGAUUUGUGUUGUGGUGGUGGGGGUGGGGGGGUGGGGAAUUUACUUGUUGGGGUUGGGGGUGGUUACGGUCAUGGUGAGGAUGGGGGUGGUGGUGGUGGUGGUGAUAGGGGGGAUGAGGGUGAUAGGGGGGAUAAGGGUGAUAGGGGGGAUGAGGGUGAUAGGGGGGAUGAGGGUGAUAGGGGGGGUGAGGGUGAUAGGGGGGAUAAGGGUGAUAGGGGUGAUGGGGGUGGUGAUGAGAAUAAGGGGCUACGGUUGACUGGGCUGGUGGACUGGGCGGAGGGGGAGUGGCUGCCGUUUGGGGUGGGGUUGUACGGGGUGGAGGAGCUGCUGGGGCGGAUGGCCGAUGAUGGGGAGGGCGGGAGGCGGUUUGAGUACUGGCCGGACGCGGACCGGUUGAGGGCGGUGUUCUGGGAGGCGUUGGUGGCGGGGGUGCCGGAGCUUGCGGAGGGUAGCGAUUUCAGGGAGAGGGUGGAGAAGGCGAGGUUGUUGGGGAUUCUGUUGUGGUACGGAAUCGCCUUCGAUGACGGUGCGCUAAACCGCGUCGUUGAAGAGGGGAGAGACAGCGAGGAGCUGCAGAAGCUGGAAAUGUUUCUCUCUGGCGGAACCUCCAGCAUCAAUGCCGCCAGCGCUGAAGACGGGUGA